AUGGUGCAUGGGCUACCUCAGUUCAAGAGUCCAUCAACAGUGUGUGCUAAUUGUAUGAUUGGAAAGCAACACAAGGAUUCAAUUCCAAAGAAGAGCAAUUGGAGAGCCACAGAGAAGCUCCAGCUUGUUCAUGCAGACCUCUGCGGACCAAUCUCUCCCAUCUCUAAUAGUAAGAAGAGGUACAUUAUAUGCUUUAUUGAUGACUUUACUAGAAAGGCAUGGACUUAUUUUUUAGUAGAAAAAUCAGAAGCAUUAAGCAUGUUCAAACAUUUUAAGAGUUAUGUUGAGAAAGAAGUAGGAGGGUAUAUAAAAUGUUUGAGAACAGACCGAGGAGGAGAGUUCACAUCAUUAGAAUUCAAUGAGUUUUGCAUAGAGCAUGGCAUCAAGAGGCAAUUGACAGCAGUGUAUACCCCACAACAGAACAGAGUAGUUGAAAGGAAAAAUCGAACGGUGAUGAACAUGGUUCGAUGCAUAUUAUCUGAAAAAAAGAUUCCCAAGACUUUCUGGUCAGAAGCAGUAAACUGGACAACAUAUGUUCUAAAUCGGAGUCCUACAUUGGUUAUAAAGAAUCAAACACCCGAAGAAGCUUGGAGUGGAAACACACCAUCAAUUGAGCAUUUUAGGGUUUUUGGAUGCGUGCCACAUGUGCAUAUUUCUGAUGUGAAAAAAGAGUCCAAGGCAUAUAGACUCUAUGAUCCAAUUGCAAAGAAGGUUGUAAUUAGCAGGGAUGUAGUAUUUGAGGAAGACAAGUCUUGGGAUUGGGAUAGAAGUUAUGAAGAACAUAUAAUGGCUGAUCUGGAAUGGGAUGAUGAAGGAGAGAAUGAGGCAGUGAAUGCAGAAAAUGAUGGAGCAGUGAGUGGGGGAAAAAGAAGGAGUCAUUGCAGAAUCAGUUGGUAG